AGCAUGGUAUUUUAUGAAGCCCAGUGGGGGUAAGUAGUCCCAUUUUAGCCACGUCAUUGCUGCCAUAAUGGUGAACUAGCAGGUAUAGGUAACCCAUCAAUAUUUAAUGCCUAUAAGAACACCACGUGCUGAAAGACAGCAAAGCAAAUUUGAAGGAACUGGGUAUUUUGUGAUGCAUAUUUCUAUUAAUAACACAAGUAAUUCGACAAACUUCGCAAAAACAGAAAUAGAAGACAUGUAUACACAGAUAAUUUUGGGUUUUUGCUCGCUCUAUUUUGCGCCGUUAUUAUGAAUAUUCGAAAAAUCGAAUGAAAAGCCACCAUACGCUCGAAUAAAGACGACACAACACAAUAAACUGCUGUUUCGACUCGAAACUUGAUAGAAACUGUCGACUGGAGCCUAAAGCAACUUUUAUGGAUCAGGUUAUGCUGCUUUAUUCAACAAACAAGGAAGUUUUGAGUUUGAAAUAUUUCAAUUUGCAUCGAUCCGUCAGAGGCUAUUGCAAGAUCAAUGACAUUGGAAAAGGUCUUUAACUUCUACUCGAGGAAAUAAAAUUUGCAGUUUCUUUGCACUGUAUUGUUAUAAGAAUAUUCGCAUUUAACACUGUAGAAAUACCUCGCUUGUUGGUAUUGGAGCAAGUUUUGACAACAAUGAGCUAUAUGGCAGAGGGAGAAUGUGAAGAUUGCGGAGACACAGUGGAGGAGUACGAGCUUAGCCAAUGCCAGUUGGGAUUCUGUGGUUCAUUUUUGUGUUCCCGUUGCACGAACUUUUGCAGUUCUUGUGCCAAUGCGUAUCGAGAAACACCAGAACAAGUGAUGAAGUUCUGUGGACCAUGCAGUGACAGCGUCAUUCCAGUUUGUCUCAGCUGCAAAGACCGACUCUGUGGAAGGUGCACCAAGUUUCGAAAGUGCAUACAAUGUUUUAAAUUCGUAUGCUCUAUGUGUACGCUGCAAGAAGAACAUCAGAUACUGUCGAAAGGAAGAUGCAAUUCCUGCACAGGGGUUCGUGUGAAAUGCUUGCAGCUUCUUUGCAGGGACGCUAUACGAAGGGACAUUGCAUGCAAGGUUUCAGACUACAGUGUAACUGCAGCAGCAAAUGGUCCAACUGCUUUUAUAAACGAAGAAAUUAAAAAGCUGGACGUGCCUAGAAUAAUACUGAAUUUGCUUACGGUUGAGCCUGAAUGCUAACUCAGACAGGCCCGUAGCAGAGGGGGUCAGGGGGCAAUGCCCCCCAAUAAUUUGCGAAAGUUGUGUUUGGAGAUCUUAUUAGCGUGGCUUAAUCUGACAUCACUAUAUACUGGAUAUCCAUGUCUCCCUCCCCCCAAUCCAGUUUAGCUGUCUACGGGCCUGAACUUAGCAUUGCUGUUAGCUAAAACAAUUACUAGACAUGGAAUAUCAGCAAAUUUCAAUAAAAAUGCCCUCGACAUUACAAAGUUAGUAAGGACCAAAUCAAAAUGUUUCCAAGAAGGAAAACAAUGGCAGCCCUCCCCCUCCUAAUAUAAAUUUCUUUCCGACGGCCCUGGUAAUAGCAAGAAGUUUGAAAUAAGUAGGGUUCAUGAUAGCGAGAUUGCACUGGUGAGGUUGUAGCUCUGUUUACCACUGGGAUAUGUGAUAAUGGGUAGGACAAAAUGACCUAAAAAGACCACAAAGAAGUUUUUAUUUACUGAAGUGCUCAUUUGGAAACAUUCAUUUUAUUUACUGAAGUGCUGUGGACCAUACAUUGAUAGAAAUAAGGAGGAAAUAAACCCCAUCCCUUUCAUAGCAAUUCCUUUAGCCCAGCAUUAAACAUAAAGUUGCAGUAAUAACAAGGGUUAGUAAAUAAGAGUAUAUUCUGACAAGGGUCUUUAUUGAGACUGAAUUAAAGCUUGAGUUUUGGCUGAAGCACAUGAGUGAUUUAUGUAAGGGUCCGGAAAGACAAUUCUUUAUGACUUCUUUGUAGAGGGGCAGAGGGGGCAAGAAGUACCCUUGAAUAAUUAUAGAAUCUUAUCGAUAAUUGUUAGUUUUCAUUAGAAAAUAUUAAAAAGAUGAUAACACAAGCAAAAAAACGCUAUAGUUGAAAAGUUUGUCUAUGACAAGGUGGGCCACAAGAGGGAGAGCGGCAAAGAUAAUAGUAGAUAAACAAAAUACCUGUUCCCUCAGAUGUAAUCUAGAAGCCAAAGGAGGAAAAUCGGUAAUAAAACUUAGCGGCCAAUUAAAAUUUUACAACCAGCCCAGUUAUAACAGCCAUGAUUUUUAUAAAACCAAAUAUUUUGAAUAGUGACAAGACCAUUUAAAACCCAUUUUUACGUUAGAUAAUUUCGUCAACUUAUUCCUCUAUGUUUAGAAUCAUUGAUGGUAAAGAAUUCAGCUGUAUGGGUGGCACAUCCAUGUUAAUAAUUUAUUAUGUGACCCCCCCCCCCACCCAACCAGGAAUACUCGAUUAUGCUAGUAGAAAAAUUCUACGGUUUGCCCUCAGCACCAACACUGCCCCUUCUGUCUUAAUCUUGUGAAGUCGUCCCUGUAUGUGUUUGAUACAAAUUAUAAAAUCAGGCUGCAGUUAUCAUAUUUAAAAAAAAUUCCAAUGGAAAAGUACAGUCUUAACUGUAACCAAACUGUUUGGAGCCUAUCCGAAGUUAACAAAGCAAUUGAUAAGAGGGACCAUUCAUCUUUUUCUGUGGAAUGGUUCUAAUGCCCCUCACGAUAACGCUAACUCAAAAAAGAAGGCCCAACUAGCCAACCUGCUCCUAUAAGCAAAACUGACGAAGUGUUGUGGAAGUCCCUUUCCAAUAGAAACAGGUACAUUUCAGUACUUAAUGCACUUUUGGACAAACAUGAAACAUGAGCUUGCCUGGGAAGUAAAUGUAUUAAGCACAAUAGUAAUAACUUGAAGCGAUUCACUCUGGAUUCAAUGUGCUUGCUUCCCCGGCCAUUCCUAGUAGUUCUAGCACAGGCCUGGCCAACUUACAGCCCGCGGGCUACAUCUGGCACUUCAGAUGGCCCGCAUAAGUGUGUUUUGUAAUUUCUGAUUUAAAAAUGCCUUUUCAGGAGUACUUUUUCACUUGACCUAUAUACUUUCAUAUAUUCAUUAAAAUAUUGACGUUAUAUCUAUAUUUUUCUUGUAACCAGUAACAGCUGAAAUAAAAUAUAACUUAUUGCUCUUUACAUUAGGAGAAAAUUAGAAUUGCUCGGAAUUAGAGUUGGUUCAGCCCUGUUCUAGCAUACAAGCCACAACCUGACAAUUUGCGUACUACGAACAAGUCACCCACGAGAUAAACACAGG